UACAAGCAAGUAGUGGCGGCAAGCAUUCAUUUGUGUUGUGUUAUUAGGUUGUGUGGUAGUGACGGUUGUUGUUUUUUAUUGAAUUUCGUAUUUUAUGUUGAGAAGUUUAUCAUGGAUAAGAUGUCUUUAAAUAGUUUGGAGGAAUCAUUCCAAACAGCAGUCACAUCAAUGAGUGAUGAGAACAUUCCGGUUAAAGACAGUAGAAAGACUGCAAUAAGAAGUCCUAAGAAAGAAAUUGCAUUGGAUUCCGUGGCAAAAAGCCCUGGCCACCAUAUAGAUACACUAAUGGACAAGUAUGGCUUUUUUCUGGUAACUAAUAGGUGUCGUGCAGUUUGUAUAACAAAUGCACCAAGAUCUGUUGAGGAGAUAGAGAGAGCAGACAAUUUAAAAGCUACGCUUCCAGAAUUUGUACAGAAAAAAAUCUUACCAAAACCAAACUGUGAUGAUGAAACCCCAGGAGAUCUUUUAGUGACAUUGAAAGAUGUGAAAGAUGCAAACAAAAAAAAGAAAACUAAGAAAUCCAUUACAAAAGAAAAUACUGCACCAAUACAGAACGAGCGAACUGAAGUCAAAAUACAGGAACAUUUUAGCAGCGAUGAAGAACUGGAGACCAGGGAUCCAAAAGAAGGGGAAGCCAAAAAACCUGUUUCCAAACCUCCUAAAUGUGAACCCCAAACUGAAGCUGAAAGCAUAGUGGAAAUUGGUAGCAGCGAUGAGGAACAGGAGAAAAAGGAUGUGGCAGACGGAGUUGCCGGACCUUCUUCCAAGCUACCUGGACGUCAAACUGAAAAUGGAAUGAAACGGGAUGGCGCGUCUCCAGUCGGAAAAGAACCAGACAAGGUUUCAUCAACUAGCCGCCACGUCCAACCAGUGCCUUCUGGAAAUGGAAGAGGACCUCCCUAUACGUGCCAUGAGGAAAAAAUAAUUUUGCGAUAUAUCCUUGACGGCAAUUUUGAAGAAUUAGUGAAUGGUAAGAAUAUUUGGAUGAAGAUGGAAGAUGAUGGAGUUUGCCCCAAUAGGCCUUGGCAAAGUUUGAGAAAUAGAUUUAAGAGGCAUAUCCAGAAAAAUUUGUCAUGGCCCGUUUACCAUCUCACAGCCGAUGAGAUAUCACGUAUCAGGAAUCCACAGUUUGGUGCAUAUUCGAGAAGAACAAGAGAAGUAAAAAUGAUUUCUAAGGCAAAAAAGUCACGUAGACAACAAAAGGCUUCGGACGGGUUUUAUGAUAUGGAUAUGAACUGGUCUGAUUCUGAGAACGAUAGUUAAUUAAGUUAAUUUUUUUCUAUAUUUGUCUUGAUUUCCUUUUGUACAAAUCUGAGUUUGAACAAUGUUUUUUUUUCCUAUCCUUUGUUGUUUAUUAUUUUGUUUCUAGUUUGUAGUUCCAUGUAUUUAUAGUACUUACUUAUGUGAUGUUUGAAAAAUGAAUUAGUAACAUUUGUGAGUCCAAAAACUCUUUGAAAUUCAAUAAAAAAUUGUCUAUUUUCUAAAAAAAAAAAAAUUAAAAAAUGGUCGACAAACUAAUGCUUAUGGAAUGGUACGGUCUGAUUCUGCUUACGAUGGCGAAUAGUUAUUUAAGUUAGCGUUUUUACGUUUUGUUCGAUGAAUUUUUCAGUUUCUUUGGUAAAAACGUUUCUUCAAACGAUCGUUUAUUUUUAUUUGUUACUUGUUGAUUUUGUUCUAGUUUUAAGUGCCAUGUAUUUGAAGUACAUACUUAAGUGAUUUUUGAAAAAUUAUUGAUUUGAUUUAAUAAAAUUUGUACUAAAACC